AUGCCGCUGCCACCGCUCGCCUUCUCCGCGGGGCGCUCCGGGGCCGCGGGGGGCGGCGUCCCGGGGAGCGAGGCCACCCCGAAAGGGAGCGAGGCCGCCCCGAGGGGAGCGAGGCCGCCCCGAGGGGAGCGAGGCCGCCCCGAAAGGAGAGCGAGGCCACCCCAAAAGGAGAGCGAGGCCGCCCUGAGGGGAGCGAGGCCAUCCCGAAAAGGAGCGAGGUCGCCCCGAGGGGAGCGAGGCCGCCCCGAGAGGAGCGAGGCUGCCCCGAGAGGAGAGCGAGGCCGCCCCGAAAGGGAGCGAGGCCGCCCCGAGGGGAGCGAGGCUGUCCUGAGGAGAGCGAGGCCGCCCCGAAAGGAGAGCGAGGCUGUCCUGAGGAGAGCGAGGCCGCCCCGAAAAGGAGCGAGGCCGCCCCGAAAGGAGAGCGAGGCCGCCCCGAAAGGAGAGCGAGGCCGCCCCGAAAAGGAGCGAGGCCGCCCCGAAAGGAGAGCGAGGCCGCCCCGAGAGGAGAGCGAGGCUGUCCUGAGGAGAGCGAGGCCGCCCCGAGAGGAGCGAGGCUGUCCUGAGGAGAGCGAGGCCGCCCCGAGGGGAGCGAGGGCGGCGCGCGGGGCCCGGAGCGCGGGGCGCGGCCCCGGCCGUUGCCGCGGCGCCGUCGCCGUGGUAACCGCAGGGAAGCGCUCGCGCCGUUAA